AUGAUCGCCGAAUGGGUGCGAUCAUUAAUAGGGACCUUCCGAGAGGGGUUCCGCUCCCUACUACCCGUAUUCAUACUGGCGCUUUAUACGCUGGUUGGAGCCGUUCUUUUUAUGACCCUGGAAGCUCCAAAUGAGUUGAAUGAGAUGGAGAAUUUGAAGAAAGAUCGUGAGGAGUUGAUGGAGAAAACCGCCUUCAAGCUCAACAAUAUCCGUGCCAUGACUCCACGUGUUGCCUACGAUCAUACCUUAACUUCACUCGAAAACUACACCCGUGAUUUGGGAGUGAAAGAGGUCGAGGUAACCAACCACAAAUGGACGUUCGUCGGCGCCCUCUUUUACUCGAUGACCGUUUAUACCACAAUUGGUUAUGGUGACAUCGUUCCGGUCACUGGUGCCGGAAGGGUGCUGACUGUAAUUUACGCUUUUAUCGGGAUCCCGAUCGGCAUUAUCUGUUUGCUCGGGCUUGGAUCGCUUUUUGCAAAAUUUUGCAAGGUUCUUUGGGGUGGAAUUACCAAAUCUAGCCGCGUUGUCUCAAAGGACCUGGAAAAGAAGAUGGAAGACCUCGGGCCAGAGGCAAAAGUGAAGAAGGGUGAAGAUGACGAUGAUCUUCUCUCUUUCCCUUUAUGGUUUUUGAUUCUUUUGACGAUUGCUUGGAUUCUGCUUUGUGCAGCAAUUUUCCUACCUCUUGGACGAGAUGACUGGACUUACGGAACUGCUCUUUACUUCACCCUGAUCUCCUUCCUAACCAUUGGAUUUGGUGAUGUACUUCCGGAAAAGUACGAUUACAUGUUGAUCGUUGGUGUGCUGAUGCUGAUCGGACUGUCGAUCGUCUCCACCGUACUUCAGAUUAUUCAGCAACAAAUUGAGGCCCUGGCUACAGGAAUGCAAGACAACAUCGACGAAGAAUACACAAAAGCAUUGGCGGAAGCGGAGGAUGAGGGAGAGAUUCCUCCUACAAAACCUGUAGCUAAUGAGGAUCUUGAGGCUCAAGGAGUUGACGAUGAACAUCGUGAAGCUCCUCCUCCGGAUCCUCGUUCUCUUGAUGUUGUAUUGGCAAAAAUGCCGUUGAAGUCACGACUUUUGUAUAACAUUAUGCCGGAAAAGGAGAAGAAACGCUUGGCGAAACACAGCGAGAACAGGAUGAAGUUCAAGAAUGCAAUUUGCCAGACAGAUGAAGCUAUGUUGAGGGCAUACGCGCUCGAAAAAUACAAAGAGGAUUUUAAAUCUGUUAAUUACGUUGUGGUACAAGAUUUCUCGGGACAAGAAACCCCCUCAACUACUGUAUACCAUGGCGAUGUUUCGGCCCCACCUCCCAGGCCCGCCCAGCCCACCCGAAAAAUGGACAUUCAUCUCCACCCCCAUAAUGAUCGACCCUCUUCAUCUCGUGGUACUAGUAGCCAGUCCCACAGCGAGCCGGAAACUGUCGUUGAAGUCCCCGUCGAACAUAUCACCGAUUCUGGUCCCCAACGAGCCGAAAGAAUCUAUGCCAAAACAUCCGGCAGUGAGGAAGAGGAGGAGGAGGAGAGCCUCGAGUUUACACCAAAACGCACAACUACCGUCAUACUUUCCGGCAAAAAGGAGCCCCGCAAUACUGAUGUA